CACUCCGGACAACCAACUAUGCGUCACGAACCACACCUCCAAUGAUCUUACGGCUAUAGACGCUAGGUAAGCACAACCACAACCCAAGCAAAAAGUAAAAAUGAGCAAGAUAUGCUCAUGCCUCAUGCAUUGGCAGUCCAGGAUCCAGGUCGAGCAACAAUGACAAGAAAGACAAAACCGAGGAAAUGCAUGUAUGCAUUGCAUAUACGUGAUGCCAAUGUCUUGUCUCCCCGUGGCAAAAACAAUCCAGUGCAUCGAGCAUGCACUUUUCUCGCCCGUAUCACUAGAAACAUGCUUUCGCACUCCUUUCCCUUCCAAUGCCAUGUCCCGACUUGACUCCGAAGAAAAUCUGCAGUCUCCAGCACGAAGGAUCACAAUCGGGAAAAUUGAUCCCUCCCAACGCUAUCUUCAAUAAUGCUAUAACGCACAUCCAUAAACAAUGGUGAUAAUGAUGCCACUGUAGUUAGUACCCAUGUUGCGUGUGAUGAGUCCAUCGAAUGCAGUCAACCAUGAUUCCCAAUCCUGCUGCACAUCUUCGGACGCGACAACUGGAUGGGUAAAACCGCAGCCUGUCUUGAAUCCUUUCAGCUCCGCCGCCGCAUCACGCACAACGCAGUCAUGCUCCGCGGUACAAAACGACCGCUGCUUUUCCACACACACACCGCAUUUCCCUGGGGUGAGAAAAGUAGAAACAAUAGCGCGAUGAUGCAGAAGCAGGCAGGUAGGGGUAUGGAUGUUCCAUGUGCCACAAACGUAUAUGCGCACGAAGCCAAGACAUGUCUGACUGCCUGCCUGACUGCCAUGUUGUUGUUUUACAUGUUCCCCGUUUUCUGUUAA